AUUGCUUUUCCGACAGUAAUGUCUCAGUUAGCUAGCAGCUAACAUGAACUGAGCUUCUUAACGUCGUUUUCUGGCAGUUGUUCUAUUAUGGUUAGUGAUAACACGGGAUUAGUCGUUUAACGUGUACAACAGCUAAUUCAUUGUACUCUUAUCAAAUGUAUAGCUUGUACUGUAGUCGUUCAGAAAUGGAUGCGCUAACUAGCCAAUUCAAAUGACGUAUGUCACUCAGUUAUUUAAAUGAAAAGGCGGAGUUUUGCGAUGUCGUCGGGGUUAAAACGUCAUUACAAAACAUUUGGCGCGAAGGCAUACAUACUAGUCAAACUAAAUUAAGCGGCAGCAAUUCUUCAGAUUUUAAUUAUUUAUCACAUUUUAGCAAAAUUAUCUACCUAGAUAUCUUAAAGUAACUCAAAGGACUUGCCACAAACUUUGUAAAAAUGCCUUGCUCAGAAGUGACAAAUGCUGCAGCAGUUUCUCCACUGAAGAGGACAAAGGGAGAUGUGGAAAAAGACAAUUGGAAGACCCCAGUACUGAAGUUCGCAAAACUGUCUGAACAUGCCACCGCUCCUACGCGGGGCUCUGCUAAAGCUGCAGGCUACGACAUGUACAGUGCCUAUGACUACAGUAUUGGGCCUAUGGACAAGGCCAUUGUGAAGACUGACAUACAGAUUGCGGUUCCCUCAGGCUACUAUGGCCGAGUAGCACCACGUUCGGGCCUAGCUGCAAAACACUUCAUCGAUGUUGGGGCUGGAGUAGUGGAUGAGGACUACAGAGGCAAUGUGGGAGUAGUUUUGUUCAACUUCAGCAAGGAAUCCUUUGAAGUAAAAAAGGGUGACCGUGUGGCUCAGCUAGUCUGUGAGAGGAUCUGCUACCCAGAUCUACAGGAGCUAGAGACUCUAGAUGAAACAGAGCGUGGGACUGGAGGAUUUGGCUCCACUGGAAGGAACUGAUACUUUAACAUCACAAACCAGCCUAUUCAUUUUAUUCCAUCACAUUUUAUGAAAUUGUGUAAUGAUGAAAUUGUUUAAUAAAGAUUGUUUUUCUACCUUUGAUUCAUAUGUGCAUCAUCACCAUGGCAACGUUAACAAAGCCAAUUAAAUAUCUCUUAACUUUCCAAAGAAUGUGACAAUUUUCACAUUUACAUGGGGACAGUAACAUUGGUAACACGGUUUGAAUCACACUGGAACCAUGUAAUAUAUGGAAAUACUGGUUAUGCACACAUCUUUUGAUGACAAUGUUUGCAAAACAUAUUUUGAUGAGCCUGUACCCCAGAUGUCCACAAAGUGGUGCUGUUGGGCAAUAUUUGUAUUUCUGUUCACGGUUCGAUAUGGGUUUUCCCUUUGUUUGGGGACUUUGCAAAGUCCAGUUUAUUUGUUCAGUACACAUGACCAGUGAGUUAAUUUGACAAUUGGAAAAAGAGCUACUGCGAUGGCUGAAUUGAGCCCUCUGUUUAAUUCCUGCCUGAUAUAUGCAUUUACUUUUGAGUACCUUGAUAUUUUCCCAUUCAAGUUGGUUCAGUUGGAAUUUACAUGUAUCAAUGAUUUGAUUAGUUGAUUAUUCAUCUCUCACCUCCCCGAGUCAAUGUUAGAAACACUUUGCUGUGAUUACACAGGCAAGUGAUUCUUGGGUUCUAUGCUUUACACACCAACAUUAAAAAAAAUGUCAGACUGUCAGGUUUUUGAGGAUCAUGGCUUGACAUUUAAGUCAUGCCAUGGUUUUUAUAAAAUUUAGGUCAAAGUGAACCUGGUCACGCUGGAACAUUCACUGUAUCCUUGGUAAAUGACUCCAGUGUAGUUUUUGCCUUGUUAUCGUCCCACUGGAAGGUGAGUUCCUCUCCUGGUAGUGUAAAGCAGGUUCUUGUGCUUGGCUGUAUUCUGUUUUUAUGUCAAAUAAACUCCAGUCUUUGCUGAUGUCAUACUCAAGGCAUGAUGCAGCUCCCACAAUAGUGGAAAAUAAAUCGACCAUUACUUUA